AUGAUCCAUAGGUCGCUUGCAUCCUGCAUCUUCUGCAAGAUCAUCAAGGGCGAAAUUCCAAGCUAUAAGCUGCUUGAAACUGAAUUCUCGUUCUCAUUUCUUGACAUCGGGCCUUUGUCGAGGGGACAUGCCCUGGUCAUUCCCAAAUAUCACGCAGAGAAGAUACAUGAAUUGCCGGACGAAUAUCUCGCCGACGUGCUCCCGAUUGCGAAGAGGAUCGCGCUUGCACAGGGAGUGCCGGAUUAUAACAUCUUACAGAACAACGGAAAGAUCGCCCAUCAGGAGGUUCCACAUGCACACUUUCACGUUAUCCCUAAGCCCUCUGUCAGUGAUGAUGAAGGCCUCUACGUCGGCUGGCCCACAAAGACUUUCGAAAAAGAAGAAAUGCAGAAAAUCUUUGAAGAUAUCAAACGCAAGUUGGAGGCAGGACCCCGAUUGUAGUUCAUUGGAAGGUGAUUGAAUACAACUAGGCUUCCGACGUUAGAAGAGAAACGACGAUUUCCAAGUCUCCGUGUAUUAAUAUUAUUUGUCCCUAGUAGGAAUCAAUGCCAUUGUCUUGGCUUCCAACCACGUUC